AUGCCUGCCAUUCUGCUGGCCUCUAAGAUGAAGUCGGGACUGCCCAAACCCAAGCCGGUGCACAGCGCUCUGCCCAUUCCACAGGUGCCCUCGCGCCCCCUCACCCUGCCCCUACCGCUGCCCGUGCCCCUCAAGUCCUCCUACAGACACAUUCCCACAGUGGGCCCCCAGGGGGGCUUGGGAGCCCCCAAAACCAAGAGUGCUCCAGCGACAGACGGUGGAAUUGACACGCAGAUCUAUACGGAUUGGGCCAACCACUACCUAGCCAAGUCAGGACACAAGCGACUUAUCAAGGACCUGCAAACAGACGUCACGGACGGAGUGCUGCUUGCGGAGAUCAUACAGGUUGUCGCCAAUGAGAAGAUUGAAGACAUCAAUGGCUGCCCUAAGACUCAUGCUCAGAUGAUUGAGAACAUUGACGCCUGCCUCAGUUUCCUGGUAGCCAAAGGAGUCAACAUACAGGGCCUGUCUGCAGAAGAGAUCUGCAAUGGGAAUCUGAAGGCCAUUCUGGGCCUCUUCUUCAGCCUGUCUCGCUACAAGCAGCAGCAGGCCCACCGCCAGUACUCCCAGCCCCACCUUAAGUCCCAGCCCCAGAGCCCUCAUCCUCCCCUGAGCCAGCAGACCAGCGCCCCAGCCCAGCUCAGCAGCCACCCUGCCCCCCCUACGCAUGAGACUCCGGCCCCCACAGCACAAGCAGCCCAGAAAACAGCACAGGUCGAGAUGCAGUCCAGACUUCCAGGCCCUAGUGCGAGGGUGUCCACUGCUGGCAGUGACAUCACACCUCGCGGGUCGGUUGGCGCCGCCGGCAACCGGCGCAGUCAGGGCUUCACAGACAAGACCAAACCAGCCGCUCACCUGCACAAAGAACCGUCAGAGGGCAUGACUUCACAGACUCCGGUGAUGACUGAGCAUGCUCCGUCGUCCCCGGUGACCAUCAGCACAUCCGCCAACAGCGUCUCUACCCCGGCUCCCGUCCCUCCAUCCUCCUCCUCCUCUUCCUCGGCCAUCCCCCACCCCAACUCCAGCAGCAAGCCGUGGAGGAGUAAGUCUGUGAGCUCCAAGCACUCCUCCUCCUCAGCCAUGCUCUCUGUCAAGCAGGAGAAGGAUACCUCCUCUAAGGCCUGCUCGUCCACCGAGCCCCCCCCUAAAGUCAUCCAACAGAAGUCUAUGCUGGAGAAGCUCAAGCUGUUUAACAGUAAAGGUGGAUUUAAGUCCUCGUCCUCCAGCAAUCAGGGGGCUCAGGCGGACAGCGGUGCCCACGCCCGGCAGCUCGGGGCUGGUGAAGUAGAGCGGGCAGAAGCAGGGUCCAACACCGGCUCCCUGGAGGAGGCAGAGGGGAACACCCGGCCCGGCGUCAACGGGACCGGUAACGGGACGACCCACGGUGGUGCCUCAGCCCAUGUCCCUACCAGCGCCACAACAACCAGCAGCCCCAAGAUCGCACUGAGGGGAAUCGCUCAGCGCACGUUCAGCAGAGCUAUGACUGCUAAAAAGAGCUCAGUGAAAGGACUGGAGAAGGAGAAAGAGAAAGAGAAGAAGGAGAAGGAGAAAGAGAAGGAGAGGGGGAAGGAGAAGGAGAAGGAGAAAGAGAGGGAAAGAGGGAAAGAGGCGGGGAAACACAUUGCCACCGAGGGGAUGGAACUCAGGGGGGAGGAGCCUAAGGAGGAAGCGACUACCAGUGUCGCAAUGGAAACGGAACCCUCCUCCAAUAAGAGAACUUCUAAAAUCGGCAGUUUCAUACCCAAAGGGAGCAAAGUGGCCAAGAAGGAGAGUUCUGUCCCUGCACACAGCGGCAUACCAAAGCCAGGGGGUAAAACCUCAGGGGUAGGGGGGAAGGUGCCCUCGGCAGGGGGGAAGGAGGGUGGGGAGCGUCCCCGGAGCAUGCGGUUGGGAGGGGGUCUUGUCCUGCAACGCGGACACCUGGACAGAGACAGAGACAGGGACAGCAGGCACUCUAGCUCUACCUCUAGUCUGGCUUCUACAGAGGGCAAGGCCUCACAACAGGGCCACAGCGCCGCCCCGGUGGUGGAUGGUGGUAGUGGUGGCGCUACACAGAGCACAGCCUGCAACACAGUCAGCGUCCAGCUACCUCAGCCCCAGCAGCACCACAGCCACCCCAACACAGCCACUGUAGCACCCUUUAUGUACAGGUCACAAACGGACGUGGACGGUAUCAUGGCGACAGAGGCAGGGUCAGGAGGAAGGGGCGGAGAAAACAUCCCCUUUAAAGCCAGCCAGCCAUCCAUUGAGGACCUUUCAGCAGAAGAUCCAGAGACAAGGCGGCUGCGGACUGUUAAAAACAUUGCAGACCUGCGCCAGAACCUGGAAGAGACCAUGUCCAGUCUACGGGGGACUCAGAUCACACACAGCACCUUGGAGACGACCUUUGAUAGCAACGUCACCACGGAGAUCAGCGGUGGCAGCGGCGGCGGGAGUGGGCGGAGCAUCCUCAGCCUGACUUCCUCCCGGCCCUCCCUGUCGUCAUGGCGAAUGGGCCAGUCCAGCCCCCGCCUGCAGGCGGGGGACGCCCCCUCCACGGGGAACGGCUACGGGGGUCGUGCCUCGGGAGGAGGGCAGGGGGGGCGCUACCUGUACCCUGGCCCCCUACGGAGACAGCUGGCGGGGCGGGGAGGUGCCCUCAGUAUGGAUCUGGGGGGGAGAGGGGAGGAUAUUGACCUGGAGGGCAUCGCCAUGGAGGUGACGGGCUACAUGAGUGACGGGGAUGUGCUGAGCAAGAACGCGGCGCGCCCUGAUGAUGUCACCAGUGGCUACAUGACGGACGGCGGUCUGAGUCUGUACACGCGGCGACUCAACCGUCUACCUGAGGGCAUGGCGGCGGUACGAGAGACCAUCCAACGCAACGCCUCCACGGGCCAGGGAGACGCUGACAGUUGGGAUGACAGCAGCUCAGUGAGCAGUGGCAUCAGUGACACCAUCGACACGGAUGACAUCAACACCAGCUCCUCCAUCAGCUCCUACGCCAACACACCGGCCGCACAGCGCAAGGCCCUCAACGGACAGUCUGUGACGGACGCCGAGAAGCACUCGGCCUCUACCAACCCGAGCGCCGCCUGGUCAGGUGACGAGGUCAGGAGGUUAGACGGGGUGUCGGAGAGCGGGGUCAGCAGGAUGGACCAGGGCUCCAAGUGGACCCGCCGGAACCCCUCUGACUUGUCUGACGAGGUGGUCUCGCAAAGGAAGACUCCCUCUAUGACACACACAGGGUCCUGGAGGAAGGGCAUGAGUGCUCAGGUGGGGGUGACCAACCCCAGGACUAAAGCUACUGGAACGUCAGGGUCCACCGCGAUAAAAACGCACAGCACAGGUAAAACAGACGACGUCAAGGUGUCCGAGAAGGGCCGCCUCUCCCCUCGCUCCGACGGCCUCCACAGCUCGCCCUCCGACGCCGGACGCAGCAGUGACGACGAGGCCAAGAAACACGCCCCCUCCUCCACCUCCACCGCUGCCUCCGCCCGCACCACAUUUGGCUUCAAGAAGCAGAGUUCCGGGAUGGUUACUAUGGUUACCGCCAGUGGCGCCACCAUCACGAGCGGGUCAGCGACUCUUGGCAAGAUGCCCAAGUCAGGGACGAGAUCCCUAGCCGGUGGGGUAAAGGUCGGUGGUCAAGAUGUGGGGUCCGGUCUUGGUCACCAUGACGACGGGUACCUCUCGAUGAGCACCCGCUCCACACUGCAGUACCGGAGCCUUCCAAGACCCAGCCGGUCCGGCGCCGCCGCGCGUAACGGAAACCGGUCGUCGACCAGCAGCAUCGAGGCGACUGUGCUUUCCGUUACCACUCACAGUAAAAGCAGAGACGUGGGAAACACUGGGAAAAUGAAUGGAAGUGGGACUGGGGUCUCGCUAGCCAAUCAGACGGACCGAGAGAAGGGCGUGUCAGAGGGCGUGGACAACCUGAGGGGAGGGGCUUCCAACGUACCUCUCACAGGGAGACAGCAGGUUGCCUCACCCACACUGCGCAGGUUGUUUGGUGGGAAGCCCAGUAAGCAGGCUCCGGUCACCACAGCAGAGAACAUGAAGAACUCAACGGUGAUCUCCAACCCUCACGCUACCCAUGCUGCCCUGGACUCCCCUGGAGGUGUUGGGGUGGAGAGCGAGGGCGGCGGCCCCCUGUACGGAGGACGAAACCUGAGCACGGGCCAUAGCACGCUGGGUAGCGAACAGAGUGCGUCCAGCCCCAGCUCUGUCUACUCCUCCACGGGGCCCUCCAACAGCCUGACAUGGGGCACCACAAUGAGCACUGGCUCCUCUGCCCAGAGCAGGGAGGGUACCCUGGGUGGGCACAGCGGGCACGGUGGUGGGGCGGGAAGCCUGGGCUACCCCUCUGUCAGCAGCAUGCACACCAGCAGCGAGUCCAUCGACAUGAGCGUGAGCAGCGCUGGGCAUGGAGGAAGGGACAGCAGGGAGGACACCCUCUCAGCUCUGGGCAGGACCAGCAGCAUCAAGACGGGCAUGUCUGAGAGCCCCCUGUCCUCCCCCUCCGCUAGCCCUAAAUUCAACCGAAACACCUUACCUCGGAAACAGGAAAGGGGUCCACACAGUGAUAGAAACACUCUGCCCAAGAAGGGACUCAGGUAUGCCCCAUCAGCCCAGCUGCGAGGUCACGAGGAGGCUGCGCGUGAUUGGCUGCGCUUCCAUUCGCAGGGCGGGCUGCAGGACUCGACCAGUAACUCUCCCUUCUCACCUGGAUCCAGUCUCACCUCACCCUCCGGGACACGCUUCAACUUUGGACAGCUCGCGGGUAGCCCCACCACAGCUGCUCAGAUAAACCUGGCCAGCCUCCGGAACAACAGUCUGACCAAUCAGGACAUCACCUUUGACCCCUGUGGUGACACCCGCCUGAGGAACUCCUGCGUGUCAUUGGACGAGAAGACUCGCACCAUGAGCCGCUCUGGUUCCUUCAGAGAGGGCUUUGAGGAGGUUCACGGCUCCUCCCUGUCUCUGGUCUCCAGUACCUCCUCUAUCUACUCUACGACCGAAGAGAAAUCCCAGUCAGAGAUCCGUAAGCUGCGUAGAGAGCUGGAUGCCUCCCAGGAAAAAGUCUCGGCCCUGACGACACAGCUGAGUGCUAAUGCUCACCUGGUGGCAGCGUUUGAACAGAGCCUGGGUAACAUGACCAUCAGACUGAAGAGUCUCACUAUGACCGCUGAGCACAAGGACUGGGAGCUGAACGAGCUGAGGAAGAACAUUGAGCUGCUGAAGAAACAGAACAACGUGGCCCAGGCCGCCAUCAACGGAGUCAUCAACACACCUGAAUUCACCUGCAAACAGGACAGGACAGCUCCUUCACCAGACCUACGGAUGAGGAGACAGCACUCGUCAGACAGCGUCAGCAGCAUUGCCAGUGCAACCAGCCACUCCAGUGUGGGAUCCAACAUGGACUCCGACGCUAAGAACAAGAAGAAGAACAAGAAGAACUGGGUCUAUGAGUUGCGGAGCUCCUUCAAGCAGGCGUUCAGUAAGAAGAAGUCUCCCAAGUCCGCCUCGUCCCACUCUGACAUAGAGGAGAUGACAGACUCCUCCCUCCCCUCCUCCCCCAAACUCCCCCACAAUGGAUCCACAACCUCCAGCCACAUGCUCAGGAACUCGCAAUCCAACUCACUGCUGUCGGACUGUCUGGACGGUGAGGCAGAGACGGUGAUGCAGCUCCGCAGCGAGCUCAGGGAGAAGGAGAUGAAGCUGACAGACAUCCGCCUUGAGGCUCUCAGCUCAGCCCACCAACUGGACCAGCUCAGAGAGGCCAUGAACCACAUGCAGGGGGAGAUGGAGAAACUGAAGGCAGAGAAUGACCGUCUGAAGCUGGAGAGUACGGGGAGCAGCAGAGCCCCCUCCCAGGCCUCCAUUUCCUCCUCGCCCCCUCACCAUACACACACCCCUACACCAGGGCCUGGCCUGUGCCAGCACAGCAUCAACCUCACCGAGUCCACCAGCCUGGACAUGUUGUUGGAUGAUACAGUGGGAGAUGGAGUGAUGAGGAAAGAGGGACGACACGUGAAGAUAGUGGUCAGUCUGGAUGAGGACCACGCCCAGGAGGCCAGGGCUCGCCACUUCCUGAUUGGCUGUAUCGGUGUGAGUGGUAAAACCAAGUGGGACAUCUUGGAUGGGGUGGUCCGCCGCCUCUUCAAGGAGUACAUCACCCAUGUGGACCCAGUGAGCCAGCUGGGGCUGACCUGUGACAGUGUGGAGGGAUACUACAUCGGGGAUGUGCAUCGUCAUAGCAACACCAGCGCCGCUCACACCCCCGAGCUGCUGCCCUGCGGCUACCUGGUCGGAGACAGCGACACCAUCAACAUCAGGCUCAAAGGUGUGAGCAGUGAGAGUGUGGACUGCCUGGUGUUUGACACGCUGAUCCCCAAGCCCAUGCUGCAGCGCUACGUGUCUCUGCUGAGGGAGCACCGCCGUGUCAUUCUCUCUGGCCCCAGCGGCACCGGUAAAACACACCUGGCUAAUCGUCUGGCAAGACACCUGCUCCUGCUGGAGGGCCAACCCCUGACCCCUCACUCCGUUGUCACCUUUAACGUGGACCACAAGUCGAGCAAGGAAUUGCGUCAGUACCUGUCAGGCCUAGCUGAGCAGUGCAGCAGUGAAAGACCAGAGGCAGAGAGCCCUCUAGUGGUCAUACUGGAUAACCUUCACCAUGUCUCCUCUCUGGGAGAGAUCUUCAAUGGAGUGUUCAACUGCAAAUACCAAUGUUGCCCCUACAUCAUCGGUACUAUGAGCCAGGCCACAUCCUCUGCCCCCAACCUACAACUCCACCAUAACUUCAGGUGGGUGCUGUGUGCUAAUCACUUGGAGCCGGUGAAGGGCUUCCUUGGUCGCUAUCUGAGGAGGAAGCUGAUCGAGACGGAGAUCGGCAGCCGCAAGCGUACCCUGGAGCUGGUACAGAUCAUCGACUGGAUCCCUCGCGUCUGGCACCACCUCAACCGCUUCCUAGAGGCACACAGCUCCUCUGACGUUACCAUCGGGCCACGCCUCUUCCUGUCAUGUCCCAUGGAUGUGGCUGGCUCCAGGGUGUGGUUCACUGACCUCUGGAACUACUCCAUCAUCCCCUACAUGCUGGAGGCAAUCAGAGAGGGACUGCAGCUGUAUGGCCGUAGGUCAGCGUGGGAGGACCCUGCAUGCUGGGUGAUUGACAGCUACCCCUGGUCAGCCACGCCCACCGCACCUGCUGAUUGGCCCCCGUUGCUGCAGCUCCGCCCAGAAGAUGUAGGCUUCGACGGUUACUCCGCCCCCAGGGAGGGCAUCAGGAAGGAGCCGCCACAGAGCGACUGUGACGCAGACCCACUGAUGAAUAUGCUGAUGAGGCUGAAGGAAGCAGCCACUUCCCCCAGCCCUCAGAGAUACGACAGCGACUCUAACAGCAACAGUCGCCAACACGACAUCCUGGACUCGACACUGGAGUCAACAUUGUGA